AAUAAGAUUGUUCGGUGACCGGCGUAAUAGUGAAAAUGUUACUAUAAAGGAAUGCUAACAAAUUUGCAAAUAAAAAAAAUUUAAUUAAUUUUCAACAUCACUGUCGCUUCAACAACAAUCAGUAUUACUGAUACUUGGUUCAAUUACGGAAACUCUUUAGACAAUUUCACGGAAAUGUGUACAUCACAGUCUACAAUACCUCAGACAUGCAUCAUAUUUGUAUUGUCUGCCAUCCGUACUGAAAAAAUGCACUAUCGAUGUUUUCACAUAUCAGCUCUUCUAUUGGAAUUAUUGAUUGUGGCUGUAUUGCUAUUGCAACCGCAAUCAGUUUCAGCAGGGUUAUGUCGUGAAGCGCAGCUCUGCUGCAAUGGGCGUGACUCCUCUUGUGUUGUUCAAAAGACACCAAUUAAUGCAAUAAUUGAAGACCUAAACGAAAAACCAUGUUAUUGUGACCACGCUUGUCUGAAACUAGGCGACUGUUGUACCGAUUUUAAGGAUCACUGUCGAGUUGUUGACUGCCAAGUGAGUGAAUGGACUGCAUGGAGUGAGUGUGAUAAGAUUUGCGGUACAGGGGUCAUGCUGCGUACCCGUAAAAUAAUAAGGGCACCGCAAAAUGGUGGAAAGCAUUGCCCAUCUCUGACACAAAAGAGAAGCUGUCUAGGUAUUCGAUGUCACACCGAGAGAGCAAAACGAAUCUUUCGAGAUAGUGCAGUUUUACUUCCAUCUUCGGUAGUCUAUAGUUAUAAUACAAAUACAAGUAAAGAAUCUCUUCGGCAAACAAACAACCUCAAAAGUUAUUGCAUAGAAUUCGAAGUAAUUAAUGCAGCAAAGGAGUGUCACAAAAUUGCACCCUACAAUUUUCUGUUAGAAGGCGAUCGAAUAUCAGUGCGAUGUAUUAUAAGGAAAAUGUUCAACAAAUUGACUGUAUGGAAUGACGAAAUUAAUAUAGCCGCGCAAAACUCUACAUUGCGAGACACUAACAGAGCAGCAAAUUUGAUGAUUAGAAACUCCGCAAUUCAUAACAAUAGUAUUAAAUACAUGGAAAAUACGCAUUGUCGUGGUGAAGGUGCGACGGGUAGAACUUCAUGGUGGCGAGCAUCCGCAGUUCCGUUAUGUCAAGGGAAAUGGCUGCGACUCACUCUAGAGGCGGCUAAAUGUUCACGUACACAUUUUGAAUUUGCUUAAAACUAUAAGCAUAUGAAAUAUGUAAUUUUAAAAUGUUUAUAUUAAUUACACGAAUCAAAAUAUUUAUUAGAUUAUCAGAAACAUUCAACACAGGUAAUAUUAUUGCAAUUCUAUACAGAUAUAUGUUUAAACAUAUAUAUCGAAAUAAAUGAAAGUUCAGUCUUUCAAUAGGAAUUGACAUCAAUUAUAUAAAAUUUGUAAGUUGGAAAGUCGACCCGACUUCCAUCAUAUACUUUUAUAAACAGUGAAAGAAAGCAAUACUUAUAAAUAGUAAAAUAAAUAUGGAAUAAUAAAAUAAUUCAUAUAUAUUUUCAUUAAUAAUUUCACGUAUAUCUCUAUAGACUCAGUUUGUCCUAUACAAUUGGUGUUUAACUGCUAUCUUCUUUAUGUUUGUGAUAUUUUUCGAGUAUUGAAAUAUUGAGCCUGCCUAACGAAAUUAAAAACUUUUUAUGGAAAUAAUGAAUACACAUUUACACAAUUCUUUUAAUGUUGUACAUGCGUAUGUUGGUAAUAUUUCUAUAAGAUUAGCAACUGAAACAUAAUUUAUAAGUAGGUUUUAAAUCCCGUUUCGAUGUGACUGUCUUGUGAUAUAAUUUCUUAAUUCAAAAACGUAGUUAUAAGAAAUUUCUUUGAAUAUAGUUAAAGCCGAUUUUGUCAAACAUUUUUUAUAUUAAGUUAAUCCGAAAUUUACUACACUUUAUUAUAUUAACCAUAAGAUAAGAGUACGUCGAAAUCGUGUAUUCAUUUUUGUUUCAGCCUGAGAACGAAAGUCUGAUCAUUUGUAUUCGGAGCAACUUCGCGCAGUUUGCUCAGUCGGUCCUCAUAAGAUUGAAAAUGAAUGAAAUAAAUGAUCUCAGUCAAGAAAUGAAUAAUUUUAAAAGUUAUACAUCCUUCUAACA